UGUUUGGAUUUGCAGGCGGCGGCGUUGGUCAGGCGGGCCUCAUGUCUGUGCUCCUUCUCAGCGGUGUUUUGUUCCUGGCGCGGUGGGCACCUUGCGAAAGCUCGGCAAGGCGGGCGCUCACCUGCGCCACCCGCGGCGUCGACCUGGACUCGGCGGCGACGGCGACGGCGGGCGUCGUCCUGGUGUCGUGUCCGCCCGACUGCGCCCGAGGCGGACCCUCCGUCUUCGGCACCGGCGUCUAUGCCGCCGUCUCGUCCAUUUGCGGCGCCGCCCUGCACAGCGGUGCCGUGGGACGCGCCGGCGGCGAGGUGGCGCUCGAGCGUCUGCCGGCCCGGCGGCGCUACGCCGCCUCCCUGGCCAACGGCGUCCAGUCGCGGGCCCUGCCGGGCUGGAGCGCCUCCUUCAGCCUCGCCGUGCCCGAGGACCGGAGACCGCAGGAGCUGAUUGGAAACUCGGGCGCUACGGCCCGGGCGGCCAAAAAAGCUGUCAAGAAGACGUCGGUUGGAAAUAAAGACUGCCAGAUGGACAUCGCGCUGGUGAUCGACAGCAGCUCCAACUUGGGGCGGCGGCGUUUCAACCUGCAGAAGAACUUUCUCACCAAGCUGGUGGCCAUGUUGAAAGUGGGCGUCAACGGUCCCCACGUGGGGCUCGUCCAGGCCAGUGACGUUCCCAAGACAGAAUUCCUGCUCAGCAACUACACGCAGCCCAAAGAGCUUCAGUUUGCCAUCAAAGAGCUCAAACAUCUCGGAGGGGACACCAACACAGGCAAGGCGAUCGCGCACGCGGCCGAGACGCUGUUCAGCCAGCGCAGCGGCGCCAGGCGCGCUCACCCUCGGCUCAUGCUGGUGCUGAUCGACGGAUGGCCGUCGGACGACCUGGAGGCGGCGGCCGCCGCGGCCCGCCGCGCCGGCAUCAACCUCUUCCUGGUGGCCGUCGCCGCCCCCGCCCCCGACGAGCUCUCCGCCGUGCCCGAGCGCGACUUCGCCAAGAAGGCGGUGUGCAAAGACAACGGCUUCUUCAACUAUCGGAUGCCCGGCUGGUUCGGGACCACAAAGCACGUCAAACCUUUGGCGCAGAGACUGUGCUCGCCGGACGCGCUUCUGUGCGGUCGCACGUGCUUCAAUUCGGCCAACAUCGGCUUCGUGAUCGACGGCUCGUCCAGCGUGGGCGAUCCCAACUUCCGGAUGGUCCUGGACUUCCUGGUCGCCGUCGCCAGCAAGUUUGACAUCUCCGACGUGGGCGCUCACGUGGGCGCCGUUCAGUUCACGUACGACCACCGCCUGGAGUUCGGCCUGCGGGAGCACGCCAGCAAAGACGGCGUCCUGGACGCCCUGAGGGCCAUCCCCUACAUGAGCGGCGGCACGGCCACGGGAAGCGCCAUCGCUUACGCCGCCGAGAACCUCUUCAGGCCGACGGCACCCGGACGCGACUUCCUGAUCGUGGUGACUGACGGCCAGUCGUACGACAACGUGGGCGGGCCCGCGCUGACGGCCCAGAAUCAAGGCAUCGGCAUAUUUUCGGUGGGCGUGGCCUGGGCGCCCAUGGACGACCUGCGCGCGAUGGCGUCGGAGCCCAAAGACGAGCACGUCUUCUUCAGCCGACACUUCGGCGGCCUGGAGGAUCUCGUCGACGACCUCGUCCGCGCAAUCUGUCGCGACUUCGAAGUCAACAACUGAAUGACGUCACGGCGCGGGCCGGGUGAUUCGCCGGUGACGUCACGCGUAAAGGCUUU